AAUUCUAGAAUACGUUUUAAUUUCCACAUGGUCUUUGCCCCAAAACUCCUGCACCGGAUGAUGCCUAAAAUGGAGUUUGUAUAACUUUUCUUACACAAUGGCAUUUCGACAACAACAUAAAGGCUUAACAACACAGCAACAGCCCACAUAAAGGCUAACCAAGAUGGGCCACCGCAGGGUUCUUUCCUGCCAUCAAACAUCACCUUUAAUCCAAAAUUCCGUAGUGUACGCAGCCAAUAGCCAUGUGCACGCCUUCCUCUUGUUUCCAGGCCAAGGAAUUCUCCCGGACUGUCAUUUCCCUUCAAAGCAUUGCCUUUAUAUUACAUCAGCCAACAAUAUAAGAUCCCCCACCUACCCAAAAUCUUCAUUACCCUUCGAGGCUAGCUUCAUGGAAAACGUUGGACGGCUCCUUUGCAGUAUUCUCCUACUCAUCCGGGGUUCAAGCUUAUCCCCCAGCCAUGCCAUGCCCCCACCGAACCCGGUUCAAUGUGAUGGAACAGGCUGCACCCUUUACAACGCCUAUGGUGUGUGGGGAGACCGAAAUGACUGUCACGUACCCAGUGUCACGUACCCAGCAACCGAAGAAGAGCUCCGAGAGGCUGUGGCGUAUGCAGUCCAAAAAAAGAUCAACGUGAAAGUCGUGACCAGAUUUUCACACACCAUUCCAAAACUGGCCUGCCCUUCUGGGAAUUCGAUUCUUAUAAGUACUGAGAAGUAUAAUUCUAACAUUGAGGUUGAUGCGGCCAAUCUUGCGGUCACGGCUGAUGCUGGAGUGGGGCUGAGGGAGCUGAUCGAUAAGGUGGAAGAAGCAGGGCUGAGUUUGGUGGCUUCCCCUUAUUGGGAGGGAGUGAGUGUUGGGGGACUCAUAAGCACUGGAUCACAUGGGAGCUCUUGGUGGGGAAAGGGAGGAGCUGUUCAUGAUCAUGUCAUUGGCCUCAGCCUUGUGGUUCCUGCAAGAGAAUCUGAAGGAUAUGCUAAGAUUAUAAGGUUAGAAGCUCAGGAUCCACUCCUUAAUGCAGCAAAAGUGUCAUUGGGGUUGUUGGGUGCCAUCUCUAAGGUGAAACUCUCACUGGAGCCAGGAUUCAAAAGAAGCAUAACCAAUAACUUCACAGAUGAUGCCCACAUUGAGGAGGAGUUCAUGGGCCAUGCCCACAAACAUGAAUUCGCAGACAUCACAUGGUACCCAUCAAGACACACAGCAGUGUACAGAUAUGAUGACAGAGUUUCCUCAACCACCCGAGGGGAUGGAGUUAAUGACUUCAUAGGAUUCCAAUCCAAUCCCAUUCUUGCCUCUGUAGCCGUCAGAGCAUCUGAGAAAGCUAUGGAGAACACAAGAAACGCGAAGGGAAAGUGCAUAAUGGCAGCAACAGUAGUGGGAUACAAGAAAUUGGUAGCAAACGGAUUGAAGAACAGCCUAAUCUUCACUGGUUACCCAGUAGUGGGUCGCCAGGGAAAAAUGCAGACAUCUGGUUCAUGCUUAUACUCACCUGCGGCGCGCAUUGACACCAGCUGCGCCUGGGAUCCCAGAAUAAAAGGGCUCUUCUUCUACGAAACCACAGCAAUAUUUCCCUCCACAAAGUUCAGAGAUUUCAUCGCCGACGUGAAGAAGCUCAGAGACCAAAACCCAGAAAACUUCUGCGGCGUGGAUGUGUACAAUGGAUUUCUGAUUCGGUUCAUUAAGGCAUCAGGGGCUUAUCUGGGUCAAUCCGAGGACUCAGUGGUCGUGGAUUUCAACUAUUACCGCGCAGAGAAUGGUUCAGAUCCGAGAAUGAGCGAGGAUGUGUGGGAAGAGGUGGAGCAGAUGGCGUUCUUCAAGCAUGGGGCGCGGCCGCACUGGGGGAAGAACAGGAAGGUGGCGUUCAUUGGGGUGCAGCGGAAGUAUGGCGGCUUGGGUAAGUUCAUUGCGGCGAAGAAGGGGUUGGAUCCUGCGAAUGUGUUUUCCAGUGUUUGGUCUGAUGAGCUGGUGUUUGGGAAGGAAGCGGAGAGAGGGGAUGGGUGUGCCUUGGAGGGGGAGUGUGUGUGUUCGGAGGACAGGCACUGCAGCCCUACCAGAGGCUACUUCUGCAAACCAGGGCUGGUUUAUGAAGAUGCCAGAGUUUGCAGGCACUCUCCACCACAAGAUAGAUGAUACAUCCUCUCUCUCCUUAGUGUUAAAAAAUUUGCCUAAUUUAAUUUUAAAAAUAUGUAAUAAAAUUAUAUUAGAUUAGGUUUAAUAAUUUCUCGUCUUCACAUAUUUUGGUAAGUAAGAACUUCUAUGAUGAGUCCAUUCAAUUUGAAAUCAUCCUUAAAAGAAAGCACCGUCUUAAAACUUGUAUUAUGUUCCAAAAUUUUUAUUGAACUUGUUGGAUCCAAUGUUGUAAUGAUUCAUGUAGAGUACUACA